GGAGGAAAGUUCCCAACUUUUCGUGGAACCGAUUUGCUGCGUUAACUUUCCUUUCCAAAAUCUUCUAUACACGGCAAAACCGACUCCAAAAUUAGUCGUCAAAUAAAUAAAAUAAUAAAGUAAAAACCCAAAAUUCCAGUUAGAUCAACUGCUGUACAGGACUUCCAAUCCAAUUCAAUUCAAUUCCUUCACUCAACUCCUCUCUCUCUCUUCACUUGUGAAAUCCUCGAUGUUGUUAGGGCUUGAUUCCAAACAAGUCAAGCCAAUCCGGCUUCCGGAGCCGCCGAGUCCCCACUUCGGCGGCGGCGUUCCCGACAUCUUCGAAACCGGCUUCUCCGGCGCCAUCAGGCGCGCCGUCGUCAUCGGCAACGGCUUCCCCGCUGCCGAGAAUCAGUGCUUGGGCUUGGUCCGCGCCUUAGGCCUCGCCGAUAACCACCUCUUUUACCGUGUAACUAGGCCUAGAGGGGGAGUAAAUGAGUGGCUGCACUGGCUGCCGGUUUCGCUUCACAAGAAGUUAGUUUAUUUGAUAAGGCAGAUUAUUUUGCUGACGGCUUCCCUGUCCCGGUCCAACAAACUCGCGCCUUUGCCUUUGGAGAAUGGGGCUGUAGGCUUGGCGUCUGUUUUAGAAGCUGAUGUGCACCAGAUUGUCACCAUUGCUCGCCAGUCCUAUGACAAGGAUGGGCCUUUGUUAGUGGUUGCUUCUGGCAGAGAUACCAUAUCUAUUGCAAGUUCCAUCAAACGUUUAGCAUCGCAGAAUGUUUUUGUUGUUCAGAUACAACAUCCAAGGUCAAACUUGAAUAGGUUUGAUUUGGUGAUUACCCCUCGUCAUGAUUAUUAUCCUUUGACUCCUCAUGCACAGGAGCAGGUUCCUCGGUUUCUUCGUAGUUGGAUAACUCCACGUGAACCUCCUGACAGGCAUGUGGUCCUCACUGUGGGAGCUCUGCAUCAAAUAGAUUCUGCUGCUCUUCGUAGUGCAGCUAGCACAUGGCAUGAUGAAUUUGCACCUCUUCCAAAGCCCCUUCUAGUGGUCAACAUCGGAGGACCCACACGCCACUGUCGUUAUGGUGCUGACCUCGCGAAGCAGUUAACAGCUUAUUUGCUCAGUGUUCUUCAAAGCUGUGGGAGUGUCAGAAUAUCUUUCUCAGAUAGGACUCCUGAAAAGGUAUCUAACAUUGUUGCAAAGGAACUUGGAAAUAAUCCAAAAGUUUACAUCUGGGAUGGUGAGGAACCAAAUCCGAAUAUGGGGCAUCUAGCUUGGGCUGAUGCAUUUGUUGUCACAGCAGAUUCAGUUAGUUUGAUAAGUGAAGCUUGUAGCACUGGGAAACCUGUAUAUUUAAUGGGAGCUGAGCGUUGUACAUGGAAAUUAUCAGAAUUCCAUAAAUCCUUGAACGAAAGGGGAGUGGUUCGGCCAUUUACAGGAUCUGAGGAUAUUUCUGAGAGCUGGAGUUAUCCUCCUCUUAAUGACACUGCGGAAGCAGCUAGACGGGUUCAUGAAGCGGUUGCUGAGCGUGGCUGGAGAUUGCGGCCAUAGAAUUCCUGUUAAUAAUUGUUGUUGUAAGCACAUUGUUCAAUUGUUUGCUUAAAAAGGUGUAGCCAUUGAAAAUUUAGUUUCUUCAUUAGCACGUAUAGGAACUACAGCUACAAGCAUUCAAAGCUUUUUGAAUAUAAUUCUUUCUCACCAUGGAGUUUUGAGGUAUGUGGAAUAAAAGGCUUGUUGUAUUAUUUCGGCUUGUAAAAAUAGGCAAGAGGCACACAGGCAUGUCUGUUUCAGCUCUACUAAAAGCCCUUUUGAUGGGUGGUUUUGGUUAAGAAAUAUAUUUUGUGCUGAAAAUGUUUUUGUACAUUAAAUUGAUUAUGCAAUAUCAAAAUCUUUCCAUAUUUAUUGAAA